AUGAAACCUUGGCAAUUCCUCGUCGUAUCCGCGGCACUCUUCUCGCUAGCACUUUCCGAUGACAUGGACAUGGAUAUGGGCGAGAAAGUCGAGUUUCAUCCGGUCAAUCCCGUCUCCAAAUCGUUCCACUUCGUGGUCAGCGUCCUUGUGUUACUCGUUACGUCUUCAAUUGCAUCUGCCCUAGCAUUUGCAGAGAUAUUCAACGUUGCUUCUCUUCUUCACAUUGCUGUGUUGGCAUACGCAGCUGUUGAAGCCAUCUUUCUUCCAUUUCCCGACCCUAAUGGCCACGAGAACAGAACCUCACAUGGUACCAUCUGGUUUCUUACCUGGGAGCUUGCAGCCACGGUAUUUUGUGGUACUCUAAUCAAUGGAACGAACGUGAUAGUCAACCGUUUCUUCAAGGGCAAAUCGGGCGAGCCACUGGCCUCUCCUCGGAUCAUUAUUCGUGCUUACAAGACUUUGGCAUUCACCUCUGUUCUUACCGGAUGGGUCCGCGUCUGUUUGGCUCCGGUGGCACUUUUUGGCUUCUGUUACAACCGUUCUACUGGGCAGUGCAUUGCCCAUGGCAUCAUGGGCUCUUCAUUCAUUGGAUACGGCUUUCUUCUUCUCUGGGUGCUCUUAGUGCCUUGGAUUCGCAACCAUCUGAAGCUCAAUGGCGACAACACGACAAAGAGUCAAGAUUUCUGGGAUUCUUCGCUCAUGUGCUUGUGGGGUAUCGUUAACACCUUCACCGAACACCGUUGGGGCCGUGAAGGAUGGUCUCAUGGCGACUACCAACACACAUCUAUGGGAAUCAUCUGGUGGUGCGGAGGACUUCUCGGAAUGUGGAUGUCCCGUAAGAAUGGAGUCAGAAAUGUUGUUCCCGCUGUUCUUCUCAUCUACACCGGUUAUGCCAUGUCCCAACACACUCAACAUUUGGCUAUUUCCACAAAAGUUCAUGCCAUGUUUGGUAAUGUGCUUAUGUUAGGUGGGCUCACUCGUAUCGUAGAAAUCUGCUUCGUGUUGAAAAAUGCAGCUUGCAGCGAGUCUGGAAAGGUCUUGAUUGCCCAGCAUUUCCCUCCAUUCUGCUUGGUUAUGUCCGGAUUGCUUUUCAUGUCUGCAACUGAGGAGCAGCUUCAGAUGGUCAACGAUUUGGGCGCCGACGCUUCGUCAUACAUUCUCGUAGUCUCAGGAGCUGGUUUCUUGAUUUACUUAUGGAUGAGCAUGAUGUUAGCGUUGUAUUUGAGACUUGUUGGCUACGAUGAGGAAGGAGAGUUGAGUAGGUUUUCUGGCUAUGCAAAUAUUGCUGGCGAAAACGACGAUGACUUUGAACUUGACAAUUUGUCUGAAUAA